AUGAUAUUCACAAUUUUAAUCAUGUUAAUUUUUACAACCAGGGGAUAUCAAUGUGAUUGUAAUACUACUGUGGUUAAUAACGUUGACAGCUUUAUACCGUCAAAUUGUCUUGUGCAUUUGAACACUAUUUGCUUUUCUACGGACUUUGGCUUUGGCAAAGAUAUUGUUGAUUUUUAUAAUAUAAUUAUUAUUCAAAACAUUAUAUUAUAUUCUUCUAAUAAUGAAAUAGUUUGGUAUAAUAUACUAAAUAUUACUACCGCUUCAAGUAAAUCUUUAUCAUUGUUUACAGCGUUGCAUUCUAUUAAUAAAUUUGUCAUUGGGUCAGAAGCAUCAAUAAAUGUGCUUCAAAAUGCAACAAAAAUUGGGAAAAUGUCAAUUGCUGGAAAUCUUUUUUUAAUUGAGCCGGAAUUAAACAAACCAUCAGUUCUUAUGUGGAACGCAACGUAUCUCCAUCUGAAUUAUAAUUACACUGAAAGAACUAAUUUUCAAAUCGUGAAUCCAACAGGAAACACAAAUUGUUUUGAUGUCAUAUCACUCAAUGACUUUUCAAAUAUAGACAUCUCAAACGCUAAAAAUCACAUUACUUCUGACAUGUUUAAAUAUUCAUACAAUUUCACAGAUGGGAAGGGGUAUUUAAUAUCAAACAAAAAAUUAAUUAGAUUUUGCCCAAAUAAUACAUUACUCGACAAUGAAGUCAUUUGCACACUAAAAAAGGCUUAUUACACAUCAAGUUCAUCAACAAAUAUGGAAGGUGCAUUCGAUUAUCCACACUGUCCAUGUAAUGGUGAUGGUAGUGUAAAUUGUAAACUCAAAUUUCAAAGUGGAUAUAAUUUGUUCGACAUGUUUUAUAAUAUACUCAAUAACACCGAAUUAUUAAUUGAAAAUGAUGUAACAAUACAACAUUUGAAUAUUACAAAACAAGUCACUGUAUAUGAUAACGUGAUACUGACUAUCAAUUCAAAAUUUACAAAUUUGGUUUUUUUAUUCACUUUUGGUAAAGUUGAGACAAUUAUUAAAGAAGAUAUUUACAAAGAUGCUUCAUUCAAAUAUACAACUUCAUUAAAUAAAGUAAAAUGCAUGGGUGAAUUGAAUUAUAUUUUUAAUAUACAUAAUAACAUCACCAAAUUACAAAUUGAUUGCACUGGAAAUAUACUAUCACUUAAUUUGUAUGAAAACACAAACAUUUUUAUUUCACAAAACACCACUUUAAGUAAAAUAAAACAAGUCUAUUUUAGUGACAAUGGAAAAAGUUAUGUAUUUUUGGAUAAUUCAAGUAAAAAUAAUGUGAUUAGUAAUUGUUAUCUCGUUGAAGUAACCAAAACCAGUUUAACGUGUGUUAUGUGUCAUUCUGAAUAUCGACUUGUUAAUGGUGUGUGUUCUGAACUUGAUCAGAGCUGUGAGACAUACAACAAAAACAAUAAAUGUGUUUUGUGUAAAAGUGGGUAUGUUUUAAAUGAACAAUUUGAGUGUAUUAGUUCAGAAAUUUGUUUAUAUGGCACAUCAACUAAUUGUUACAAAUGUCAAACCCGAUACAAUAGAACUGGCAAUGGUUGUGUUCUUGAUAACAAAUGUCAAUAUAGUGAUGGGAGUGUUUGCAUCAAUUGUCAUUUUGGUGAUUCAUACAACAAAUGUGAAAGUUGCACACCAAAUUGUAAUUUAUGCACAAAGUUGAAAUGCUCAAUUUGCAACAAUAAUUAUGUAUUAAACAACGAAAGUGUUUGCGUUGAAGAGAAAAACGGGGUUUCAAAUGGAAUUUCGACUAUUGGAUGCAAUAAUCAGUUUUACAUUGACAACAAUGUUUGUAACGACUGUCCGUCAAAAUUUGAACAUUCUGUGGUGUGUGAUAAAAGCGAUGCAAUUUCAUGCGAAGUGAAUUAUUUGAUUUUAGAUGAAAGAAAAUGCACUUCAUUGAUUUGUCAAAAUGAAACAUUCAACGAAGAGAACGGGAUGUGUGUUUUAGAAAAAUACAGUUGUGUGUCUAUUGUAAACAAUCGAUGUGUCGAAUGUGAAGACAAUUAUACACUUAACAUCAACAAAACUUGUGUGGAUAUUACAAACAACGACGUAUCAACUGGUUGUGUUGUGUAUAGUAUAUUUGGGUGCAUUUCGUGUGAAAUUGGGUAUUAUCUAUCAAAUGUAGAAUGUCACCAAUGUUCAGAGAAUUGCACAAGUUGUAUUGAAAGUGGCACAAAGUGUCUAUCAUGUAAGUAUGGUUUUUAUCAAGGAGAGAAUCACACGUGUUUGCCAAGCACUGAGCUGUUGGGAAAAUGCGACAAAAUAUCAACAAUCACGGGUGGGUGUUAUCAAUGCAAAGACGGUUAUUACCGAGUUGGUAUGGAUUGUCUGGAGUGUCUUUUAAAUUGCUCAACAUGCAACACAAAAAAUAAAUGUUUGACAUGUAAUUUGACAAAUUACAAGACACAGAGUGGGAAAUGUUUGCCACAAAUCAGUCUUGUUGGGUGUUCUGUUGAAGUCACACAAAAUGGGUGUAACAAGUGUUUGGAUGGGUAUUACACAAUCAAUUACAACGAAUGUGAAAGGUGUUAUGACAACUGCACAACAUGCACACAACACGAUCAAUGCACAUCUUGUGUUGAAAACAGAAUUUUAUUUGAAAGUGGACUUUGUUUUGAUAUUUCAUUUGUAUCAAAAUGUCUUGAAGCCUUAAAUUCAAAAUGUUCGAAAUGCACAUUUUGGUACAUUCCAAAUGAAAGUGGUACUUCGUGCACCAAAAAAGCGGUUUGGUGGGUACUUUUUAUUAUCGUUUUGUUUGUAAUUGUUGUGUUGACAGGUUUGAUAUUAUCAAUUGUGUUUGUAGUGUUGUACAUUGAAAAGAAAAUGCGACACAAACAAAUUGAACAGACAACAACGCUUUUCAAAAUGUCUCAUUCAAAUAUCACUUUUAUAUCACUUGGUAAUGACGUUGUUGUCAACAAAACAGAAGUUUCAUUUGGCAACGACAUUGAUGUCAAUUUACAACAAAGAGAACUUCUGUGUAUUGGAAAUACAUCAAAGCACAACAUGAAGAUUCAAAUCACAACAAAAAGUGAGACAGUCGAGAAAUACAAAUUUGAAACAAAUCCACAAAUAAUUGUACUUCCAAGUGGUGAGGCUUGUGAAUUUGAAAUUUUAUUGACACUGAAAUGCACAACCAAAGUUGAUGAUAAUAUUGUGUUGGUUGCAAAUUUGUUUACAAACAAAAAAGGGGUGAUUAAAGAUAUGAUAAUCACGGCAACAUCAAAAUUAACAACACGACUUGAUCCAGACGAAUUGAAAGAAGACGUGAAACUUGGUGAAGGCUCUUUUGGUGUUGUAUUUAAAGGGGAGUUUAGAGGAAAUGAUGUUGCUAUCAAAAAGAUGAAAACAUGUGAAAACAAUGAUUCUCAAAAAAUUGAAUUUGAAAAUGAAGUUGAUAUGUUAGACAAGUUUCGAAGUGAAUAUAUAGUCCACUUUUAUGGAGCUGUGUUUAUCCCCAAUAAAGUGUGUAUGGUCACUGAAUUUGCACAAUAUGGAAGUUUACAAGACUUGAUGAAACACAAAACAAGUGCAGAAAUUGAUAUAAAGUUGCGAAAGAAAUUCUUGCUUGACGGAGCGUUGGGGAUAUCAUAUUUGCACGAAAAUGGUAUUUUACACAGAGACAUUAAACCAGACAAUAUACUUGUGUUUUCACUUGAUUUGAUUGAAAAGGUAAAUUCAAAACUGACUGAUUUUGGAAGUGCAAGAAAUGUUAAUAUGUUGAUGACUAAUAUGACUUUCACAAAUGGUAUUGGUACACCAAAGUAUAUGGCACCUGAAGUCUUGAACAAACAACAUUACAAGAAACCGGCUGAUGUAUAUUCAUUUGCAAUUACAAUGUUGGAGUGCUUUUUGUGGAGUAAUGCAUAUCCCAAAAGUAUUUACAUGUAUCCAUGGACUAUAGCUGAUGAUGUUGCUUCUGGAAAAAGACCAAACACAAUAAAAACACUUGAAGAGAAAUAUCAAAGUGUCAUUGAAAAGUGUUGGAAACAAGAGACAGAGAAAAGGUGUACAAUAAAUGAAGCGAUUAAUGAACUAAAAACAAUUGAGUAA